CGAUUAGUUUCUUUUUUGUAAGAGAAUCUUUGGGUUAAUGUCUUACACUCUGAGUAACUACUUUGAAGAUAAUGAUACACAGUGUAUUAACUGUUGUCAUUCUCAGUAUUCUGCUGCGGUUUGUUUUAUUUUUUAUUCAAUGAAAAAGAAAAAUUACACACUUUGACCCCAGCUUGGCAAACAUGCAACACAUGAAGGCUCUCUGGUUAGGGCGAUCUGGGGGCUGGAGCGCCACCCUCAGGGACCCCAAGACAAGCUCUGGACUGCAACCCAGCUGCCCCCUCCCGGCCGGCAGCUGGUGACUCUUCCUUUCCUUUCCGGAGCCCUGCGCAUCUGGUGGUAUCUGUGUGCUCUGUCCACUGCCCCAGGUGCUGAGCCAGAGGCAGGAGGACCUGGCAGCCAAGCAAGGCAGUAAUCCUCGGUCCUCUCUGCCCUCUUCCUCACCCAGUAGAUAUGUUUGACGACUUCUCGGAAGGCAGGGAGUGUGUCAACUGCGGGGCCAUGUCCACCCCGCUGUGGAGGAGGGAUGGGACGGGACACUACCUGUGCAACGCCUGCGGCCUCUACCACAAGAUGAACGGCAUCAACCGGCCCCUCAUCAAGCCCCAGCGCCGGCUGGUUCCCAGGCCUCUGGCUAUGCGGAAAGAGGGGAUUCAGACGCGGAAACGGAAGCCCAAGAACCUGAAUAAAGCGAAGACACCAGCAGGUCCUUCCGGCAGUGAGAGCCUUCCUCCCACCAGCAGCGCUUCCAGCAGCUCCAGCAACGCCACCAGCAGCAGCAGUGAAGAGAUGCGCCCGAUCAAGACAGAGCCCGGGCUGUCCUCUCACUACGGGCACAGCAGCUCCAUGUCCCAGACAUUCGCAGUCAGUGCCGUGUCUGGCCACGGGUCCUCCAUCCACCCGGUCCUCUCGGCCCUGAAGCUGUCCCCACAAAGCUACACGUCUCCCGUCAGCCAGUCACCGCAGGCCAGCUCCAAGCAGGACUCCUGGAACAGCCUGGUCUUGGCUGACAGUCACGGGGACAUAAUCACUGCGUAAUCCUCCCUUCUCCUGAAGUUCCUGCACGGACCUGGGACUUGGGGGUCCCUGGGGUCACCCCUCUGUCUGGGAGUGACUCCGGAACAGCUGGGAAGAACUUGAAGUCAGUGAUGGCCGGGAGAUGGAUGCUGGACUUCCUCAGACUCCUUCCCAGGGGGACGGGACAGAGACCCCCACCCUGACACAGCGCGGAGGAGCGGAACACUUCUUUCUCACUUCUGCCCUGAGCAGGACAGGACGUCCUCCGCUCCUGCUUUCCUCCGUGGGGCCCAGAGUGGUUUCUCCACUGUGUCCCCAGCGCGGGGCCUCUGCCUGCUGUGCAUGGGACCCAGCAGCCCUGCCCUCGCCCACACUCCCUCAAGGCGCCCACACCCCUGUGCCCUCCAGUACCAGGCCCGGCUCCAGAACACUGGGUGUGACGCGAUGAUACGGAGCACUUCCUGGGGCGUCAGCCACCGCAUGGGCUGGCACCCUCCGGGCUCUGCUUGGCAGGCCUUUCCCUCCUUUCCUGGCGGGAGCUCCCCUCCCUCCUCCUCUUCAGCCCAGGGCCUCUGACAUGGAAAUCCCCGUACAAACAAGAGCUCGGUAGUGUACCCCAACAGCACCUCAGGUCUGUCCCACCUCUUCCGUCCGCCCAUCACACGUGGAGGGUUCAGGGGAAGGUGAGGCACUCUCCUGCUAAAGCAACUUCAGCAGAGGCCCAUCUGUGCCUUGACGUCCCUCUGGAGGGGCACCCACUGGGCACUGACCCACUCCGAGGACUCCUUCCUGCCUGCCUCCGAGCCUGCCAGGGCCAUGGGCCUGCAUCUCCUGAGGCCUGGGCUGCGUCCUUCUCCCAGAAGAAAUCUUCCACCCUGGAAGCCAAAAGCUAGAGAGUUUCAAGAUAAAUUUAAUGCAAGCAAACGACAAAGCAAAACUCAUGGAAAGAGGCUGAUCCAAGAAAACCCAGGGUGGGUGCUGAAGGAACGUGUGGCUUGUACCCACCUUGGAAGUGGCCUUUGUGUCCCCUGCCCCAGGCUCAAGAAGACUUCUUCCUCGUCCCUGUUACCCACAGAGCUGUAGCGGACUGUGGCAUUACCGUGUCCUUCCCCAAACGCCCGGGCCCUCCCUGGAGCCUUACUGGCCGUAGCAGAGAAUAUCUUUGGAGCAAGAUUCUGUUUUAAUCAUUUACACUGUUUUCUCCCUAAAGGUCUCCCUCCCAUCCCUCCCCAACCCACAAACCUGUUAACAUUGUCUUAAGGUGAAAUGGCUGUAAAAUCAGUAUUUAACUAAUAAAUUUAUCUGUAUCCCUCUGUCCCUUCUCUUCCCUCAGG